AUGACUGGUCAAGAAGAUGAAACGGAUUUCAAACUGGAUGACACUUUCACGUUCUUUGAUGAAAAAUACUCCAGAAUGAUGAUGCGGAGAAUCAACGAACUUCGACAACAUGGGGCCAUGUGCGAUGUAAUCAUCAAAGUAGAAGACGCGCAGUUUCUUGCUCACAGGAAUAUCCUCUCGGCUAGUUCGGAUUACUUUUUGGCCAUGUUUAACGGCAAUAUGAAAGAAAGUAAACAGGAGAUUAUAACCAUCACGGGUGUGAACGGAGAAAGUAUGAAGUCAAUACUCAACUUUAUUUACACUGGCGAGAUCGUUCUUGAUUGGAAUAAUGUCGAGUUGAUCCUGCAAGGCGCAAAUCUCAUGCUCGUGCAAUCUGUUAAAGACGCAUGCUGCCGCUUUCUCGAAAGUCGCCUCAAUGUUACCAACUGCUUGGGUAUUCAAUCCUUUGCUGAGACAUACGCGUGUCAUGAACUGUGGCACAUUUCGAGCGAUUAUAUUUACAUGAACUUCGUCCAUGUUUCAGAAAGCGAAGAGUUUAAGAGCAUUUCGCUUAAGAAUCUUAAUAUUUUGCUAGCGAGUGACGACAUAUCUGUAGAAAAUGAGGAAAAAAUUUACGAAGCACUCAUAGGAUGGAUUUACCACGACUUACCGAAGAGACGCGAACACUUUCCGGAUUUGUUGGAGCUUAUUCGCUUGCCUUUAGUUUCACCUUAUUAUCUUGUGGACGUCGUAGAGAAAGAAGAAUUAAUGUCGCUGGCCCCGAAGUGCAGAGAACUUCUUCUUGAAGCACAGCACUUUCAUAUGCUUCCAGACAGAAGAGCUUCACUCGACAAUGGGAGAACAAGGCCGCGAAACUACGAAAGAUUUCAUGAAGUGUUGAUUGCUAUUGGUGGAAACGGUGACUUUACUAACUUCACAACAGCAUUUUCAUUCAACGUCAUCACCAAUCAAUGGAACGACCUUCCAAAGCUACCAAAAGAUCGUGGGUACCACGGACUAUCAAACUUAGGUGGUCAGCUGUAUAUUACUGGAGGAUAUUCAACGAUAAACUCCGAGACACUAGAUACAGUCAUGCGAUACGACGUACGUGAAAAACAGUGGCACAACGUACCAUCGAUGAACUCACGGCGUAGCAAGCAUGGCAUGGUUGAGGUGGAUGGAAACAUCUUUGUGGUUGGAGGAUUUGAUGGGACGUCAACUGUCAGUUCUAUGGAGAGUUACAAUGUGCAAACGAAUAGAUGGAAAACCCGUGCUCCUAUGCCAACGAGAAGGCGCUGCGUCUGCGCUGUGGCCCAUAAUAAAUUUCUUUACAUCAUUGGCGGGCAUGACGGAUCGAGUAUUCUGAACACAGUAGAGAGAUAUGAUACUACAAGAGACAUUUGGAAUUCCACUGAAGUCCAACCAAUGAGAGAUCGAAGAUCCUUUCCUUGCGCCGUGGUAACCGAGGACAAUAUGUACGUCAUGGGCGGUUACGAUGGCAACGACACUCUACGAACUGUUGAAAUGUACAACUUUACGACCAAUCAGUGGACCUCGAUGCCAUCAAUGUAUGUCCCAAGAUCCAACGCGGGUGCGGCGGUUUUUAACAAGAAGAUCUAUCUGGUAGCAGGUUGGGAUGGCAUCAGCCUGAAUUCUGUGGAAUGCUUUGAUCUUUCUACACGAGAGUGGCAAAGACUUCCUUCCCUUCCUAGACCAACCACAGGAGUGCGUUGCUGUUUUCUUAGCUUCCAGUCGUCUAACGAGCAGAAACCUAAGGGCAAGAACGGUAAAGGUCACUUCUGUAUCAUUUGCUAG